AUGGAAUCAAGUUCUAGCGUUAGUGACAAUGAGUCAGCAAAAAUAGAGCAAAAAAUUUGAUUUUCAUUUGAAAUCAGCAGAAAGUUUUAAAUUGAAAAUGAUCAAUUGCAACAUUCCCUCUUAUCCCACCCUUUAAAUACCCUACAUUUUUGUUUUUCUGAAAAAAAUUGGAAAAUUUCUAUUAUAAAAAAGUAUUGAGAUGAAUAUUAUUUAGGCACCUGUGAAUUGUAAGUACCCCUGUAUCUAUUUUAGAUAUUGUCGUUGUUUAGGAUGUAACCGUGAUCAAUAAUAUGGAGAAUGAAAUAAUGGAGAGAGAAAAGGUUUUUGAAAACUAUGAUUUAGACAUGAUUUGUUUUGAAAAUUCAGGAAAAUGAAGCGACAGAAACUCAAGAUGUUUUGGCGAUUGAUGAAGUUCUCAGAUCAUUUCGAGAAAAUGAAAUUGAAAAUGUACAAAGUCAAAAGGAAAAAGAAAUCGAGGAAAUUAUCAAUAGCUUGAAAUUUGAGAAACAUGUAUUAGAAGUUGAGGUAUUUAUCAACUGGAAGAUAUUUAUAAGUAAAGAAAAUUGCAGAACAGAGUUAUGAAAAUGGAGAAUCUUCGAUUGACUGAAGAAAAUAUGGAAUUUCGAAAAAAUCGGGAUUAUGGACAGUUUUCGUUUGAAAAACAGGUAGAAUUAGGUGUAUUUUACAAUGCAUGUGAAAACAAUACUAACAUUUCAGAUUCAAAGAAUGGAAGAUAUGCAAAAACAGAUGAAUGAGGAUAAGAAAAGUAUGAGGGAAAUAAUUGAAAAAGAAGUUGAAGCGAAAUUAUUACUUGAGCGAUUGAAAGAAGAGGUUUGUAGGUUGACACUGAAAUUUUUGAAGAUCACACUGAAAUUUGAAAUAACUCUUGGGCCCCAAAACUAAAAAUGAUUUAAUUUAUUUUUAGAAGAAUGUACAAUUAGAAAGAAUCAAGAAACUUGAAGGUGACGUUGAAAAAUUUCAAAAAAUUGUGAAAAUCAAAGAUGAAGAAUAUGCGAAAUAUAAACGGGAAGCGGUAAGAACUUGAGAAAAUCUCAUUCUCAAUGAAAAUGUUUGAAGGGUUAUAUGUUGAUUGAUGAAAAUGAAAGGAUUUCAAGAAUUUGUCGAGAAGAACGAGAAUCGAUUAUGAAAUGCACAAUGAUGGCGGUUGAAGCGAAAUUUGCACCGAUUUUGUAUCAAUUUAAACACCAGAAUUAUCAUAAUAGUGAGAUGAAUAAGGUAGGUUUAUUGGGAAUUAUUUGAAAUUUGGAUUAAAAAAUUCCCUUUUUCCAGACUUCUCAUACAAAUAUUUUCGAACGGAAAAUUAAUGAGGUUCUGGAAAAAGCGACGGAAACAAUGAAUGCAACUAGUAUGGAACGAUCACUUGCUGAAAGAUGUGGGUUUUUUGGGAGAACAUUUUUAUCAGGGAUAUAUUCUGGCUCUUAAAAUAUGUAUGUAAAACCUGCCAUAUUGUUUUAGCGCGAUAAUGAAUCAUUUCAAGAUUCUAAAUUUUGCGAUAAAAUUCUGUAGCUCAAAUCUUAUCUACAGUAACGUCGAUAAGUUACGGUGACACUGAACAAUUUCGACUGAAAAUGAAAAAUAUAUCACCGAAAUCAAUUUUCACCCAAAAAUCCAAAUUUCCAAUUUUCACCCAAAAAUGAUUUCCAGGUCGCCGAGAUUGUGAUGAAAUUCUGCGACUAAUCGAAAGAUCAUAUAAUCUUCGGAAUUUGCUCAAUCUACCAACAAAUGAUCAAAGCAAAGAAUCAACUUCGGAAGUUGAAAAGGAUUCACGAUAA